AUGCCAGGGCCACUUCGUGGUGCACAAGAAAGACGAACCCAUUUCUUGGUAUGGUGUGCUGCCAUCAUCUGCACCAUUAUAGCCAUUGCAGUGAUAGUCACAGGUCUUGUUGUGUUCAUCGGUUACAUGAUCAUCCGGCCAAGAGUACCCUUCAUCAGUGUCGUGCAAGCUAAUCUGGACAAGCUAGACUACUCCCAGACUGGACAACUGGAUACACAGAUCAGCAUCACCAUCAGGGCAGAGAAUGACAAUGCCAAGGCUCAUGCAACCUUCUCAGACAUAAACUUCUUUCUCUAUUUCAAUGGGAUAAAAAUAGCCCAAUUGACAGCCAUCCCCUUCGAUGUUCCCAAGAACAGCUCCAAAGAUCUCGCAUAUGUUGUCCCAUCUAUGUCUAUCCCAUUAGAUACAGAGGGGAUGGAGGUAGUCGACGCAUCUUUGAAGGAGAACAAAAUAUCAUUUGAUCUUAGAGGCAACGCAAGAGCCCGGUGGAGGGUAGGGUUCCUAGGGUCUGUUAAGUUCUGGAGUCACUUGUCUUGCCUACUCCGGUUCUUCCCAUUGAAUGGAACCAGCGUAGACCCACAUUGCAGCUCCAGGUCUAAAUGA